UUUCGAUUACAAUUUCCAAUAUUUUUGCCAGUGUUGCUUGUGGUCUGUGAAUUUUUCAAUUACGAGUUCUCGUGAACGUACCACAAAUAGGCGGAGCUAGUGUGGUCCAAUCGAAGGCAGCCAUCAGAGACACGUUUCUUUCAACAAACAUGUCAGCCUGCAGGUAGUAGAAAGCUGCUGCUCUCUCAGUGAUUUCGCUUAUCUUAACUCCACAAUGGUGAGUUUAGUCCAAAUUCAUCUUAAAAACGUCUCAUUUCUUUGACAUUCACGCUUGUGUUGGCUUUCAUUUGGGGCUGCAGCGAAGAUAGGGGUCGAGCUAACAGCAGACAGCGGCUCCUGGGUCGCUUGUGUGCGUUUAAUGUUCGCACAAAAAAGUCCAAACUUCUAUUCUCAGCUCAUCUAAUCCGAGAUAAAUUAUGUUGUUUGAUUCAAGUUUGUUUCUGACUCGCAGUCCACAGACACGGGGACCAUCCUGCGUGUCAGGGGACCGCUGGAGUUCGAAUGUCUACUGGAAAGUAAAGAUGGUAUGUUCUUGGACAUUUUAACUUAUUACUUCAGUCAGAUUAUCUUUUGGACAGACUGGCAACUGGAAAGAAGUUAAAGUACAGUAUUUAGAUCUUUAACCUCAGUUCUGUUAGCAUAAUAAUAAAAUACUCUGUUAUAGUGCACUGACAAAAGUCAUACCUGUGUAAAAGUGUGUUGCCUAUGUAUUUAUUGGUGUAGUUUUAAUUCUUUUACUUGUUUUAACUCUGAACUGGUUUUAUUGUUUUACUGUCUAAUGUUUUAUUGUCCCCUUUUAAUGCACUGACUGUAAAAAAAUACACAAUAAAAUUCUAUCUAUCUAAAUUCUAUCUGUCUUAUAUCACAAUUAGGAAAUUAUAUCAGCUAAUAGUCAUUAAUGCAGAUAAUUUGCACAGUACGCAAAACACUGUUAGUUGCUAUUAAAGUAUAAUUAUGACUAACGCAGCUGUGUCAGUGCAAACUGAAGUUUAAGUUAUGUUGUAAAAAGUGUGAAAAUAGUGUGUUUUCUUCAAAAAUUCACCGAAAUAAGGCAGUUAAUUCUGUUAUUUGAAAUUCAGAAAUGUAUUGUGGUGCUGAUCCGUUUAAAGCUUUAAAAACAACAGUAAAAUUUUAAAAGGAAUUCUAAAAUGAACGGGAAGCCAAUGGAGGGAUGCCAGAAAUGGGGUGAUGUGAUCAUGUUUUCGUUUACCUGAUAAAAGACGGGCAGCAGCAUUACAUCAAUGAGAAAAAUCUAAAGUGAAAACAGUGGUUUAACUGUAAAUGACUGUCAUCUGUCUGUUUAUUUUCAGCACCAAAAACACUCAGAGUCAUCUCGAACACAUUUGAGACGCUCCAAGCCCAGGUGAAAUCUGAAUCUUGUGUGUUGAGGGUCUGUGACAGCCCUGUUUUCAUUUGGCCGAACCAAAAUUUUCAUGCAACACCCAGAGAAAUAACUCCAGAGACACAGUGUGAGGAUUUACAACAGUGGAUACAGUGAGUGUACCUUUAACUUCCCUAGAGAAGAUUGUUAUACUGUUACUAAUUUUUUGUUGUUCAGUGGAAUUAUGGUUUGGAUUCAUUUCAGGACAGAUGAACAAGAGAGCGCUGGCAAGAGAUCUGUGAAAAAGAAAACCAAGAAAACUUCCACUGCAGUAUGAAGAUUUUUUUUAUACACAAAGAUUACUGUAGGACACAGUUUUGCUCUGUAGGUGUACAUUAAUAAGAGUCUUAAAAUACAGUAUGUUGUUUUUUAUGCUUUAGUCAUAGCCAGAGUCAUUCCAGAGAUAUUCAGUUUACUGCAAUAGAAGAAAACAAUAAAUCUUCACAUUAGAGAAGUCUGGACUUGAGCUUGUUUUUGACAUUUUAGUUUGAAUUUUAUUUUCAAGAUGAAUUGAAGAUCCACUUGUUCCACUUCUAAAUUCUUCAAUAUUUACUUAUCCCUUGCUGAUCAUGUUUCCAAAUGUUUGUCUUGGGUGUAAAUUCAUACUUAUCAUUCAGAAUGUUAUUAACCUUCAACUGAUGAUGGAAGUGACAACAAAAGGAGGCCCCCUCCCAGGCCCAGUCCUGAUCCGAACUGUUGAGCCGUCACACUUUUUAUCUACAACUCUUCCAAUGGACUGUGUUGUCAGCACCAGCUGCAAAGAAACAAUCAAAGAGUAUGUUUUCCCACAUACAAAUGUUUUCUUUUUUAUAUCUCCAGUCAUACUCUGGAUCCUUAUUGCAUCAAUGUUUGUAACUUUCUGUCUGAGAUUAUACUAUGAGACUUUUGCUCUGGUGUUGUAGUGCCUUUGAACGCCUGUUGGAAGCGCUGGCUCAGCAGCUUUGUGAAAUGGAGAAAGUGAUGCUGCAGCACAUGAAGGGGAUGUCUCUGCCAGUACCUGAGCCACACCACUUCCUCCUUCCAGAGCCUAAAGGACUCGUGACUGUUGUUUACCCAGAAGGGAUGCCUGACAGCCAGUUGGAGAAGCAGCGUCAGGUUCGAAACACAAACGUCUUACACAUUAAGUGUCUUGUGUUUAUCACCCUAAAUGCUCAUACACCAUGGACUAAACUGUGCAUGUGUGUUCUGGUCCAGGUCAUCUUGAAAAGUUUCUAGAACAUGUUAAUUUAGUACUGCAAUGAAAAAGAACAGCAAUAAAUGAAAGAUUAGUUAGUGAAAUGUAAAAGACAGGGUUUUGAAUUUCAGAUUGUUCUGACCAAGAGUUAAAUCGGUGGACUGAACUUAUGGUGUUAACAUGAAACACAAGUAUAAGAACAUGUCUUUGUUUGACAUCUGAUUUAUUUUGCAGCGUUUCAUUGAACUUAACAUAAUCUCUCUUUCUAACUAGGAAUUGCACAAAAAGUUUGAGCUACCUGAUGACUGGCCAUACUUCAGAAAAGCCAAUGCAUACCACUUUCCCAAUGAACCUUACAAAGAUGGCUACCUUCGAAAUCCUCACGUAGUCCUCACAAAUCCAAGUCUGGACAAUGGAGAGGUACAACCAAUCUUCAAAUUCAGUCAACACUCCAUCUUCUCUCCCAAAACUGAUCUUGAGACUUUUUCAAUAGCUUUUAUGUUUUUCACGUGUUUUGCAUAUUCUAAUUAGGUAUACUUGGUCCGGGGGAUCUACAGUUAUCACCAUUAUAUGCAAGACCGCAUGGAUGACAACGGCUGGGGCUGCGCUUAUCGCUCCCUCCAGACCAUCUGCUCCUGGUUCCAGCAGCAGGGCCUCACAGAGCAGUCUGUGCCCACCCACAAGGAGAUCCAAAAGGUGAACCGGAGGCCACAUAAACAUGACAUACCAGCACCAAUAAAAUAAUUUCUCAUCAUAAUUAUCAUUACUCCAAAUGUUUGCUUAUAGUAGUUCUUCUCCUCUCCAGGCUUUAGUGGAAGUUGGAGACAAACAGGCAUCCUUUGUUGGGUCACGUCAAUGGAUUGGGUCCAUCGAGGUUCAGGCUGUCCUAAACCAGCUGCUAGGGGUCACUUCCAAGAUCAUGUUUGUUAGGUUUGUAGUGUGAUCAAAAAUGUCACGGUCACACAUUUUGUGAUAAUUUGGAUUUAUCUUUGAUAAAUUGUCAUUUUUAGUCAAGGUUCUGAGCUGGGAUCUAAAGGCAGAGAACUGGCAAAUCACUUCCAAACUGAAGGGACUCCUAUCAUGAUUGGUGAGCGGGAUGUUUGAACUACUUUAAAUCUCUUUUUUUUUUUUUGGAACAAUGUUACAAACCCUUUGAUUAAACUGAAACUUAGUGUGAAACUGGUCCCGUUUCAUUACUACUACUACUACCCAUACUACUACUGCUACUACUACUACUACUACUACUACUACUAAUAUUUCCCAAGAGUUUCUACCAAAAAUGUACGUAUUAUUAUGGCGAACUGAGUAAAAAGGCACCUUCAACAAAUGUAAAAAUCAAUGUUCGUGAUGGUAAGCAAAGAUAACAAACUCAAGUGCCCUUAUUGCAGGCCUAAUAAGACCGUGAUGAAUGUUUUCCUUAGUUUAAAGGUUGGCAUAUUUUCUUACUAUGUUUUCAUAUGAUAUAGGAGGUGGAGUCCUUGCUCAUACUAUUCUAGGUGUUGCAUGGAGCCAAACCACAGGGCAGAUCCGUUAUCUGAUCCUAGAUCCACAUUACACCGGGGCAGAGGACUUACAACUCAUCACAGACAAGGUGAUAAUUAAAAGCAUCUACCCUGGCUACAUGUCUCCAUAUGAGUGUUCAUUAUCUUCAAUGUUGAUUUUUAUCUUUCUCAGGGUUGGUGUGGCUGGAAAGGACCAGAUUUCUGGGAUCAGACUGCAUAUUAUAAUCUGUGUCUGCCUCAGAGGCCAAAGGUCAUCUGAGCUCACAGCCUCAGAGAUGUCAUUUGGCGUUUUUUUUUUUGUAAUGAGGAAUCAUGUCUAUUCAUCCAGCAUUGCAAUUUUCAUGCUUUUCUGCUGUUAUGUAUCCUUGUAAUUUAUUGUCCUUGUUUUGGUUGAGUCAAACUUUUACUCCCCAAAUUAGUGAUGGAUGUAACUUUGUAGUGAAUACAAAAAUAAAUCCUUCUAUGAAGUCCAUUUUUAACCUUUAAUUAAUACAUAUAAAUACUUUUAACUACAUGGGCUUGUCAUUUAUGAAUACAGUGCACCAUGUAAAAAAAAAAAAAAAAAGGUCUGUAAAUGCCAUAUCUAUCAGCAAUGCUAAAUAAGGUUGACUCUCCUCAGAGGCAAACAAUUGAAAUCUGCUUUGAAACAUUACUUUUGCAGCACAGUGAUGAUGUUAUUCUGAAAAUAAAUAAAUAAAUGAUAAAGAAAACGUUAUGUGCUGUGUUGUA